AUAUUUUGUUAAUAGCAUUUUAGUUGGAACAAAAUUAUAUUUUUUGGGAGGUUGGAGUAAAAAUUCUGAUGGCACAGAGAGUUGCCAAAAUAGUGUGUUCUAUUUAGAUCUUUCUGCACCGUUUGACACGCAAAAUAAUAUUCCAUGGACAGAUCUUACGUCUACUGCUAGCAUUCCAGUAAAUACUUGCUGGCAAGUUAGCGUUUUGGGUGGUCCAGACAACUCUAGUAUAUACGCGUUUGGAGGCAUGAUGGUAGAUGAGA